AGAAUAUUAGCCUAGACGUGGUGAUUGCCUAAUUUAUAUUAUAUUAAGGUCAGUCAGUCGGUAUAAGGGAAAUCUGACCAAUCACAGUGUGUCAAUUGACACAGUUAAUAACGUGUAUAGUGUACAUUUAGGCGAGGUGUUUUCGAGUAGAUUAUCGCAAACGCUAAACACACGGAAUUUCAUCUGUGUAGGAACAGACAGUUCAUAUAACUAAGACCUGGAAAACAGCUGAGCGUUACAACAUCUGAUGUGAUUACAGACAGCUUCUCUCUGAGCACGGAUACCAAAAUCGCCAUAAGCCAACCGCCUGAGGAGAUUGGAAAUUGUAAUUGACUGGCUGUCUCUGUGAGACGCAUUCAAGUGUAUAAGAACAGAAAGAUUGGCCAGUUUGUUUCGCAGUUACUUCCAUCCUCAAUGCUUAUUCACUCCUGGAAAGACUGAGUUUGUCUUCUCUGUAAUAACGAGUUGAUCAGAAGGGGGAACAGUCGUUGUUGUUAUCAUUAUCAUCGUUAUUAUCAAUUUCAGUAUUAUCGAAAGACAAAAGCAUGAGGAAUCUGUGCAAAGAAAUCAAUAAACAAUUGAUUGCAGUUAAGAUGAAUUACUUUUUCCAAUUCUGUGGUAAGUCUGCCAUUUGUUUUUUGAAAAUAACAAAACGAAACAAACUAGUUAUCUCGGCUUUGUUCGUCUAUAUGAAUCCGAUACUGGCUACACACGGUUUGACGUCUUAUCAGUUGGGGAUAACUGCAUUAUUCGCUAAUGCUUGUUCAAGUAUUUCAAGAAUCGUCUUUGGUAUGAUUGUGGAUCAUACGCAACAUCGAAAUUAUGUUUUAAUGGCUUUGUCAUCAGCAACUAUGGGAUUGGUGUUAAUGAUUUUCACAUUACCAAAAUACAAAGAAUAUAUAUUCAACGGAGAUAUAAAUGAGAAUGGAGAAUUUUCAAUGUAUCUACGUCUUGUAUCAGAGAACAUUUCUCAGAGUGUUUAUGUAACACCACCUCCAACUGACCAAUCAGAUGUAUCUCCCUGUUGGCCAACCACAUUAAAAGAAUGUAAAUUCAAUCGAUACUCUAAUCUAACAAACGAUUACUACUAUUUGAAAACAUCAUCUCAGAAUAAAUUGUCAGCAGUUUAUAUAACAAAUCAAUACUAUCCAAGUGACCAUGUAUUACCAGCUGAUCAACGAGCAAUUCAAACGAAUCAAACAAUUCAGCUUAUUUGUCAAGAUAUUGAAACAUUGAAUCAGUCUGGUUGUGCACACAUUGUAUGCGAACAUACACGUGAAGCACAAUGGACAACUGUAGUGUUCGCUUUAAUUCUCCGAUGCCUUAUGAAUUCAAUGCAUGCACCGAUUUCAAAUCUACUGGAUUCAGCCACCUACUCAAUCCUUGGAACAAGUAAAGCUCAAUAUUAUGGAAAGUCUAGAGCAUUCGGUUCAUUCGGUUUUAUGAUUGGUUCAUUGUUAACUGGUUUUGUUGUCCAUCAUUAUACCACGUCGAGCAAUCAUUAUCAUAUGAAUAAAAUGUCGCCUACAAAACUGCUGUACUCUACGACGGCGAGUAAUUCAGGAGAUAUUCGUCCAGUGAAUCCUAAUUAUACACCAGCACUUAUCAUAGCCACAGUAUGCCAAGUGAUUGGCGUGAUUGCCUCGGCUUUCUGUAAUUACAGUUAUACAAAACCAGUUGAAAAACACUUUACAAGCGCACUGACUACAGCGAUACGUUCACCGAGAAUGAUCCAAUGCCUAAUGGUUGCUUUUAUGUCUGGUCUAAUUAUAUCAUUCAUCGGAGAGUAUAAUUAUUUAAUACUAACUACGAUCUAUCAUGUACCGCAUUAUUUUCUUGGCUUGCUAACAACUACAUCGAUUGUCGUCGAGAUCCCGACACUGUUGUUUAUUUCAGGUCCACUGGUGAAACGCUUCGGUUGCAUACCGUGUCAGAUAAUCUCACAGAUUAUGUUGACUAUCCGAUUUUUAUGCUAUGCAUUUUCCAGUAAUUAUUGGUAUUUUCUAAUUGGUGAAAUUGCCUACGGGAUCUAUUUCCCUGUAUUAAUGAAUGCUUUAUUAUCACAAACGGAACAAGUGAGUUUAGAGACAAAAAUCAAUAAGAAUCAUGACAUUCUAACAAGUUUACAAGCAAUUCUAACGAGUACAAUGUAUGGGAUAAGUAAUAGUCUAGGUGGACUGUUAUGGGGUUUAUUGCUACAAUAUUUUGAAGCCACGUCAUUGUUUUAUAUAGCAUUCAUAUAUACAUCGAUUUGUGCCUUGUUUUUCCCGCUUGUAGCGUACUGUUUAAAGAUAUUGAAGUGUUAAAUGUUUCAAUAGAUGAAGCUCUUUGUCUCUGUAUUUUGAAUUGUGUAUUUUUCUAAUUUUUGCCUUUGGAAUCUACUCAGUGUGAUACUGUAGUCAUUGUAUGGUUUUAGUUUGAGAAGUAUUUUAAAAAUAAAAGUGAGUA